GGAAGCGUAUGAAUAGCUACCUGUGCAAAAAAACUAUUCUGUUCCUUUUAUGAUCCAAAUUGAGUUUACGGAGGGUCUCUUGAGUUGAUGUACGCUAGUGUAUUUAAUAAUGAUCGCUUGAAGGUCGUGUUUUGGUUCUUGUUUAUUAGGUUAUAGUCUAAAUGAAGAGGCACUCGCGCAUCCAGAGUCUGUCUUUGUUCAUCAUGUGAACUACAGAUGCUCGUCUCCUUUAAGAGAACAGAAACUGAAUGAUUGACUCACUGAUAUGAAGCGCAGAUGCAGGGCUCAUAUAAUGACACCUGAUGUCAUAUGACUCUCAGAAGUGCCUUCAAACAGCACAGCUUCAGCUCACCUGCUCUUUUCACAGGCAAUUGCUUAUAUAUUUUAUACAUAUAUAUUAAUGCUCUGUUCACAAACGCGUUUUGUUUAAGGAUCCAAACAACAGGAAAGAGUUACUGGACAAAUGCCUUUCCAGGUGAUGAGGGUUUAAACAAAGCACAAGCGUCAUGGAUGAGGACAGUAAACCGUUACUAGGAUCAGUGCAAGCUGGGGAGUAUUACACCGAUUCAUUGGACCCCAAGCAGAGAAGGCCGUUUCACGUGGAGCCCAGAAACAUAGUGGGAGAUGAUGUUCAGGAGCGUGUGUCGUCUGAAGCUGCGGUGCUGAGGAGCAGAGUGCAUUACUACGGGCGUCUGACCGCCUCUUCAGACCCACUGCUGGUACCUCCAGAUCAUGUUAUUCCUUGUCCUGAGGACAUCUAUGUCUACAGUCCACUGGGAACAGCGUUCAAAGUGCAGGGGGGCGACAGUACUGCCAAAAACCCCAGCAUUAUCACAAUCUUCGCCAUAUGGAACACCAUGAUGGGAACAUCUAUACUGAGUAUACCAUGGGGCAUAAAACAAGCUGGCUUCACUCUGGGGAUCAUCAUUAUUGUUCUCAUGGGUCUGCUGACGCUCUACUGCUGCUACAGAGUAUUAAAGUCCAGAGAGUCCAUACCUUAUGUAGACACCUCAGACUGGGAGUUUCCUGACGUGUGUAAAUAUUACUUUGGUGGAUUUGGAAAGUGGUCGAGUCUUGUCUUCUCACUGGUGUCACUGAUCGGUGCGAUGGUGGUCUACUGGGUCCUCAUGUCCAACUUCCUGUUCAACACAGGAAAGUUCAUCUACAACUAUGUUCACAAUGUGAGCGCAUCAGAUGCUUUUGGCACGAAUGGAACAGAUAGAGUGAUAUGUCCGUACCCAAACCUGGAUCCAGACGGGGGUCACAGCACUCUCCAGUACUCUGCGGGGGAGAACAGCACAGGAGCGGUGUUUGAUCGCUGGUGGAGUAAAACACACACCAUCCCGUUUUACCUGGUGGUCCUUCUGCUGCCGCUGCUCAACUUCCGCUCGGCCUCCUUCUUCGCCAGGUUCACCUUCCUCGGCACCUUGUCAGUGGGUUAUCUCAUCUUCUUGGUCACAUAUAAAGCCAUUGGACUGGGCUUUCACCUGGACUUCCACUGGUUUGAUUCAUCAACGUUUUUUCUUCCAGAGUUCAGAUCGCUGUUUCCUCAGCUGAGUGGGGUCCUCACACUAGCGUUUUUCAUUCACAACUGCAUCAUCACGCUUAUGAAGACCAACAAACAUCAGGAAAACAACGUGCGGGAUCUGUCUCUGGCGUAUCUGCUGGUGGGGUUAACGUACCUCUAUGUGGGCGUGCUGAUCUUCGCUGCCUUCCCAUCACCGCCGCUGUCGAAGGACUGCAUUGAGCCAAACUUCCUGGAUAACUUCCCCAGCAGCGAUGUCCUGGUGUUCGUAGCGAGGACUGGUCUUCUGUUCCAGAUGACCACCGUGUAUCCUCUGCUGGGGUACCUGGUGCGCGUGCAGCUCCUGGGACAGCUGUUUGGGGACCAUUAUCCAGGUUUCCUUCAUGUGUUUAUUCUGAACAUCCUUGUGGUGGGAACUGGAGUCCUAAUGGCCAGGUUUUACCCCAACAUCGGCUCCAUCAGCAGGUAUUCGGGGGCCAUAUGUGGCUUGGCUCUGGUGUUUGUGCUUCCCUCUCUGAUCCACAUGAUCUCUCUGAGACGCAGAGGUGAGUUACGCUGGCCCUCCGCUGUCUUCCACAGCUUCCUCAUCCUCCUCGGCGUGGCCAAUCUGUUCGGACAGUUCUUCAUGUAGCACGCUGUGCCUCGAGUGAACCGCACACGUCUGUUUACACCUGAUGGAAGAGCAACUCGACGAGGCACAAAAUGUAUUAUUAUUUUAUAUUUUAAAAGGGUUUAAUUAAAGCUAUGCAUUUAUCAUAUUGCUUUUAUUAGCUAGACAAACUAUUUCAGCAGAAAUUCAAUUGUUUUUAAAUGCAUUUCAAUUUUCUUCAGAAUCACUGAUCAUCAUCUUACCUCAAUAUUUGCUUCCUCGUUCUUUUUCGUUUUUUAAUUAUUACUUGAACUGUAUUUAACACCAGUGAAUUCUGCACAACAUCACUUUUCAAUUAUUCACGUUCAAAAUCAAGUUCUCAAAAAACUAGGAUCUUGCUGAAGAUGCCACAGAUGCAGAUGAAGUGAGUGUGCAACACAAAUGCAAUCUUUUUGUGAAAUGUAACCUGCAUACAGUAAUUAAUGGAAACAUUAAGGGAAACAUAAGUCUAGAUUUGUUUUGGAUGAUCUUUGUGUCAUUCUCCAACUGAAUCGGAGAGUACUGAUGCAUGUCAUGUCACUUUAUGAAAUAUGUGCACAUCAAUAAGGGAAGCUUACAUUUGCACACUUCUGUGAGAGUCCAAACUUAAGUCACUUUGAAGUGUUUGUGAAUGCACAUUUAUGUUCAGAUCUUUCUUGUGUAUUUUUAAGCAAUUAAAUGUAAAUGAAAUUGUGA